AUGACCUCUCCACCACAAAUCUUGGCUUCCCUUCCCACUCCACCCCAAGACUCUGCCAAGUUGUCCACUCCCUUUAGAUUUUUGCCGCGCGAUCCCCAACAUGCCCUCUUCCUUUUGGUUUUACCAGACCCCCACCAACCCACGACGUUUUUUUCCAGAGAAGAGAAAAGGGAGAGAGAAGAGGUAGGGAAGGAGAGGGAGGAGGAGUAGGACGCCCGCGACAUCAAUUUUUCCCUCUCCUCCUACAGGUACAGGUUGGUCAGCUUUUACCGCACUAACUCGCGCUAAAGGUUUGAGCUUUGACCAGCCAGCCGCUCAAAAGGAUUUGAUCUUAGGUCAAAACAAGUCAAAAGGAUUUGAUCUUAGGUCAAAACAAGUCAAAAGGAUUUGACUUUCUUAUUGCCACCCACGACAGUGAUUUAUACAAUUAUCCUCCCUCACAUCCACUUUCAAAAGGUUUCUCAUCCUUUAGGUUUUCCGCUCUAAUAGGUCAACAUACUCUCUCCUUUUGUCUGACCACCCCCCAAAUAUUUGCAUUCUCUUUUCCUUUCCCCUCCUCCCCCACGACGCUGCCGAAAUGUCCACUCCCUUUAGGUUUAUGUGACCUCAAAUCCCCACGACGCUGCCGAUAUCCUCUCUCCCUUUAGGUUUUUUGCCGCACUUUUCCCGACAUACCCUCUUCCUUUUGGUUUUACCAGACCCCUCCACCCCCACGACAGUGAGAUCAAAAGGAUUAGGUUAGUGACAGCCACG